AUGAAAGUAGCAAAGUCUGAGCUUAAUAAACAUCCUUGCCUGUUUUAUCCCAUUUCUUCUACUCCUUUAUCACGCAGUUCACGUUGUAAUUUUUCACAAAGUAGCAUUGGUGGUGGCUCACCUAUUGAUGGUAAUAUGCUUCCACGUUCUAAUCGACCACGUGAUCUACGUGUUAUUCCAGCUUCACCAUUUGUCGUAACACGUACGAAUGAAAGUUGUAGUACACCAAUGAAGCAUAGCAUUGGUAAUAAAUGUACUUCUCCUUGUCGAGUCCAUGCUACUAUUGGAGGUAGUCCUGGAACUACUGGUGGUGCACCAGAUGAUGAUUAUAUGCCUGCAAAAAUGAUGGUGGCUCCUCAACCCCAAAGUGCUAAUUAUCGCGAACGUAACGAUUCUUCUCAAAGCAAAAGUUUACAUUACAGCCAACAACGACGACAAAGUAUGGGUGCUAUAAUACCAGCUCAUGUUGGUGCUUUUGCGGCUGGGGAUUGGCGAUAUCGAGAUCAUGAAAGUCCAUUAGAUGACCAACAGCUAGCUGUUGAUAAUCGCCGAAUAGUUGCUCAUAAUAAUAACAGUAAUAAUAAUGAUAUGCGAGUAGCAGUACUGGAGCAAAGAGUUCGGGAACUAGAAGCGGCAAUGAUUACUGGUCAAGCUUCGUCAAGUGUCAUGCCUGCAUCCUUAAUUAUACCUGUAAUUGGAAGUAAAAAUAAAAAUUCAUCUCGUAUUCUUCGAAGUGCAUCAGGUCAGUUUGUGGUAUCUGCUGCAUCAGCUUCUACAACACAGCAGCUAAUGGCUCAAGAAGUAGUAGAUCGAGAAAUUGAAGUUGAAAGAUUACAAUCACAGUUGCGUAAAUGCUACUCACGCAUGGAAUUACGGCAAGUGCAAUAUGAUGAAGAGGUAAAUUCAUUCCGUUUGGAAUCUGAAGAAGCAAAAGCUCAACUCUCAAAAGUCAAAUGUCGUCUAAAUGAAUUAGAAAAAGAAUGUGUAGCAUAUCGUGAAAAAGCAAUGACCGUUGACGCUGACCGCAAUAAUGCUAUUGUGUCAUCCUUGGAAAAAAUUUCUGCGCAAGAACGAGAAAUACUAGCAUUAAAGAAUGAACUAGAUCGACAAGCUCAGAUAGUCAAAGAUCUGGAACAAGUGAAAAAAGAAUAUAAUUUUUUGGAAUUACAAAAUGAAGCAUUAAAUUCAAAACUUGACAACAAAGAAGCAACUAUUCAUGAACUUGAAGAACGCAUUUCGGCAAUGAAAGUAGAUGCUCAUAAACAGGAAAGUGGUUCAGUAAUGCACACAACGGAUUCUUUCUCAUUACUCGAUUUCGAUACUACGAAAAUUUCGAAGAAAUUAACUAAAAUUCAAGUGCAAAAAACGAAAAACGAUUCGACACCACCGAAAACAGCAGGAAAAAAUGAAAAAUCUUUGAGAAAAAUCUCAAGAUCUACUCCAUCUUUGGCUUCGAAUAAUCCUGAAACUGAUGAAAAAAUUCAAGAUCAGAUUUCAUUGUCGGCAUCAGAGUUAGCGCAGAAGCAACUUAAUUUGGCUUCAGAAUGUCGAAUACUUGCUAAAUGUCUAAAGGAUGUGGCUGUAAAAGCAAUUGCUGGUAAUGCUCCAAGGAUCAAUCGUUUGCUAGGAUGUAGAAGUGAUUCGAUGUCAGAAUCAGAAUCAGAACCAGAGCAGCUCUCUGUCAAAUUAAAUCCGACACCAUCAUAUCAGGCUGAACAGUAUGUUAAAAUAGUUACAUAUGAUCUAGAACGAAUUGAAAGAGAUUUAAAUUGCUUACGAAAAAGUUUUGUGGUAUAUUAUCAGAAGAAAAUUGCGCAUGAGUUGGACAAAGAUAGCUCUUGUCGUAUUCAGUAG